AUGGAAGUGCAAGGUCAUUACAUGUUUCGCGUGGUGAAGAAACUUAAAGAUCUAAUAAAACCGAUGCGUAAGCUAUUGCUGAAACAAGGUAACUUGCAUAACAAUGUUGAUAGAUUGAGAAAGGAGCGGGAUGAAAUUCAAAAGUCCAUUGAUAACAAUCUGUUGGAUCUGAACCUUCGCCAAAUUGAAGCUACAUGUCUUAAAAACUUUAAGGAAGCACAGUUGGAUAAAGAGAGAUUUCUGAAGCAAAAAUCAAAAGUGGAGUGGUUGGAUGUUGGUGAUGCUAACUCAGCUUUUUUCCACAAAUCUUUGAAAUGCAAAAAUCAUAGGUCAAGGAUUGAAGUAAUAAAAGAUCCCAUUGGGAAAGUUCAUGAAGGAGGGGAUGCACAGAUUGCUUUUGUGAAUCACUACACCAAUUUUCUUGGUGCGAAUGAUGAAAUUAAGCUGGCUAUGUUUUCUAUUGGGGAGAAUAAGGUUCCAAGUCCGGAUGGGUAUACAUCUGCGUUUUUCAAGAGUACAUGGGAUGUAGUUGGGCAUGAGUGUAUCAGUAAGAUUAAUACGAACAGGAUUAAAGAGGGGUUGCAUGAACUUGUUAGCAUGAACCAAUCAGCUUUUGUGCCGGGAAGAAGAAUAUCAGAUAAUAUCUUGUUAACUCAGGAACUUAUGCAUAAUUAUCACAGAAGUAGUGGCCCGCCUAGAUAUGCUUUCACGAUAGACAUUCAAAAAGCCUAUGAUAGGGUAGACUGUGGCAAGUUUGACAAAGAGUACGCCUUUUUCUGUAAUGUCCCUGAUCAUGUUAAAUAUGCUAUUCUUGCUAUCAUGCCAUUUGAGGAAGGAAGUUUACCGGUAAGAUAUCUUGGAGUCCCUUUAAUCUCAACUCAUUUAUUAUAUAAGGAUUGCAAGAUUUUGGUGGAAAAAUUAGAGAAGCGGAUUACGGAUUGGCAGAAUAAAUCCUUAUCUUUUGCUGGGCGACUUCAACUGAUUAGAUCUGUUCUUUCAUCUUUACAUGUCUACUGGGCAUCAGUGUUAAUUCUCCCAACGCGUAUUAUAAAAGAAUUGGAAAGCAAAAUGAGGGGAUUUCUAUGGAAUCAAGGUGAUUAUGUUAAAGGCAAAUCCAAAGUGUCAUGGAAAGUUGUUUGUCUUCCGAAAUCAGAAGGUGCUCUUGGCAUUAGACGCAUUGUAGAGUGUUCAGAUUUAUGUCCAAUACACAGCUAUAUUUCUCCUCGUGAGGCUAGUCGUGCUGGAUUUAAUCUUGGGGAAUCUGUUGCUGAUCUUAUUGAUGAGGGGAUUUGGAAAUGUCCGGUUGCUUGGUUAGAUUUAUUUCUGAUAUUAAUUGACCUGCCCAACAUCCACCUAUCACCGAAUACUCGUGAUUCAUUACUUUGGAAGUCGUCUGAUGGGAAAGAACAUAAUUUCUCUUCUUUGGCUGUUUGGGAUACUAUUCGAUCUAAGCAGGAGGAGGUUGUGUGGCACAAAGUUGUUUGGUUUUCGCAAAUGAUACCUCGUCAUGCUUUCCUUAUGUGGUUGUUGGUUCGACGAAAACUAAAAACUCAAGACAUUAUUAUGCAAUGGAAGGGUGGAGGAAACAUGAACUUCAAUCUUGUUUGCUGCCCUCUUCGCCAACAAGGACGGGAUUCUCAUAACCACUUAUUUUUUGAAUGUUUGUUUUCAUCACAGGUUUGGUUACGGGUUAGACAUUUGGCUCAAAUGCAUCAAGUUAAUUCGAGAUGGGAUGAUAUAUAUGAUUGGCUGAUUCAACGCGCUAAGUCUAAUUCGGCUAGAAGUGUAAUUGGGAAAUUACUUGUAGCUGUUUCUGCAUACUUUAUAUGGCAAGAAAGAAAUCAGAGGUUGUUUUCUAACAUCUCUCAAAAUCCUGAUCAGAUUCAAGACUUGAUUGCCUCUACAGUUCGGUUAAAACUUGUCACUUUGAGAUUUAAGAACACAGCUCAAGUUGAUCGCUUUGUGCAAGCAUGGAAUUUGCCACAUCAGAUGGUUGUCUUUGAUCAGGUCCGGUGCUAG